AUGGUUUCAAGAAAUAAGAUUCUUAUAGUUGGGUCACCGAAAUCUGGCAAAUUAACAUUCAUAAAUAGCAUAUUCCAGUCAAUACCUGACAUUGAUAAUCCAGAAUCACACUCAGGAAUCAUCCACGAUGUGGACUUAAAGACAAAGUAUUAUACCAAAAAACUACAGAUAUGGAUUGAUGAAUUCACCCAAGAGGAGAAGAACGGAGGGGUAAAAGAUAAUACCAAGACAAAGAGCCCUGCCAGUGAAUUAGAACUACUAACAAAUUGGUCCCAGGAGUUCAAAACCAGCGAGUACAAAGAAAUUAGAGACGUUAUUUCUGGUAUAAUAUUCUGUUUUGAUCUUGGUAGAUCACCGUUUAAAAAUGACAAAGAGGUGGAGAGUUACGCCAAAGAAGUGGUAUCGAUUUUAGAUAUUUUUAAAGAGGAUGAGACGGCAAAUAAGAAACUUGUUUCGCAAAUGUCAAAAGUCAACAUUAAGGAAUCUACUGAGCAGGAGGAUUCUGAUGAUGACAACCUUGAUACACACUACGAUAUCUGGCAAGGUUUUUCCAUGAUUGUUGGUUUUGAACGAGAGAACUGUGAUCCAAAUUUGCAAGCUGAUAUUUUGAAAGAGAUUUUUUGGGAUAAUGAUCUAGAUUUUGUCAAUUACAAGCAAGGUGACACCAUUGAUGUACAUGCCAGAGAUGAAUAUGGAGAUCGUAUGGGUUUGGGAAAAGCCAAAGAUAUUAUCGAAUGUUUUGAUUGGAAUGACAUCGAAUUAAAAGUUCCAGAUGCUGAUCACAAAUAUGACACCGAGUAUAUUGAUUCAAUGAAGGUACCGCUCAUCAAAGAUGACGAACAGAAGGAGGAGAAACCCAUAGAAUUGGGAUUAUUGGUUGACAAAAUCAAAAAUGCCAAAGAAAAUGUCAAUAAUCUUGAGUCUACUGAAGCAAGAGAGAAAUUUGCCAGAGAAUUUAUAAAUGAUAUCAUGAAGUAUUUAUGA